CCCUCUUUAGAAAUACACUAAGAUCAGAUAGUAUACCGUCUAUGUUCAAUACAGUAAGCGGUUUACUACAAGUCAGAACGUCCACAAAGCGCGGUGGUGGAUCUACGAAGAACAACAAGAAGACAGCGGGUAAGCGCCUUGGACCAAAGAAGUAUGGUGGUGAAUACGUUAUACCAGGAAAUAUCCUCAUCAGACAGAGGGGUACAGUAUGGCAUCCAGGACAACAUGUCGGUAUUGGUCGUGAUCAUACACUCUUCGCACUUGAACCUGGCUGGGUUCGAUACUACAAGCAGCCACGUAAAGUCCUGGAUGGACAUACACCAGCUGGCAACGGUGAUUUCAAGCACCGCAAUCAAUACAAAGUCAGGAAAAUGAUUGGCAUAGCAUUAGAUCAGACAGAACAGCUGCCUAGAGACGUAGAAAAGCUCGGUACAAGUAGAAGGUUUUCAAAGAUAGACGUAUCGACGACUAACAACUAAAUUGGGCUUUCCUUUAGCUGUACCAACUCGCAUUCAAUAGUUUUAUUAUUAUCAUCACCGAAUCUGACAAUUCUCUUAUCAAAUCCGUCAAGUUUCACCUUACGUUUCUCGAAAAACGUCCUGCCUAAAAUCAGGUCCCAAUGCGAUCCAUCGUUUGUGUCUUGUGUGCUGGUCAAUUCACUCAGAAAGACAGGUAAUACUACCUUUUUUUCGGCGACUUCGAUUGAGAUCUCGCCGAUGUUGAUUAUGCCUAAAUACCCGAAACUUCCAGGUAUAGUUGAUUUACUAAUAUAACUUUGCUUGAGUGCAUAAUCCCUACUCAUAUAUACCCCACUAUAAUCUUUAUCAAGCAGCAUGCGAGUAGGCCUAGAGCCAGCUUUGCCAUCUAUUAUUCUCACCGUCUUAUUUCCAUGAAAGUCAUC